AUCAGGAAGAAGAAGUUCCGGUUGUGGCGGCAAUGAAAGAAGAGCGUGCUAUCUUCGACUUAAUGAAAAUAUUUUAAAGCGGUCAUCAGCUCCUCUCUUCGCCAUUGUAAAAACAAAACGAGCCUACUACCGUCAUCAGAAGUAUUUUUUAAGCCUUGACCAGGACGAUGUCUUUGGUUUGUGCAAUCUCCAACGAGUUACCAGAGCACCCGUGCGUCUCUCCGGUUUCCAACCAAGUGUUUGAGCGCCGGCUCAUCGAGAAGUACAUCGUAGAGAAUGGGACAGAUCCGAUGAAUGGGCAGCCUCUGUCUGAAGAACAACUUGUCGACAUCAAAGUCUCCCAUCCUGUUAGACCAAAGGUACCAUCGGCUACAAGCAUUCCCGCCAUUCUAAAAUCGCUCCAAGAUGAGUGGGAUGCGGUUAUGCUUCAUAGCUUCACUCUGAGGCAGCAGCUGCAGACGACUCGCCAAGAGCUCUCGCACGCCCUCUAUCAACACGAUGCUGCAUGCAGAGUCAUUGCUCGACUCACCAAAGAGGUCGCUGCAGCUAGAGAAGCUCUUGCCACACUCAAACCUCAGGCUGGGCUGAUUACACCUCAAGCAGCUCCUGCCUCCCAGGCAGCUGCAGUGGGUCCUGCUGGAGAGCCUAUGGAGAUUAGUGAACAAGUUGGCAUGACUCCAGAGAUCAUCCAGAAGCUUCAAGACAAAGCCACAAUUCUCACCACAGAGAGAAAGAAGAGAGGAAAAACUGUUCCAGAGGAGCUGGUUAGAUCUGAAGAUCUCGGCAGAUACCGCCAAGUGGCCUCUCAUGCUGGUCUUCAUAGUGCCAGCGUGCCGGGUAUUCUUGCUCUGGAUCUGUGUCCCUCGGACACCAACAAAGUCCUCACUGGUGGCGCUGACAAAAACGUGGUUGUGUUUAAUAAGACUGAGGAGCAGAUUGUGGCAACACUGAAGGGUCACACCAAGAAGGUCACCUCUGUCAUCUACCAUCCAUCCCAGUCUGUGGUUUUCUCUGCAUCUCCCGACACCACCAUCCGCGUGUGGUCGGUCACCGGGGGCAACUGUGUCCAGGUGGUGCGUGCUCACGAGGCAGGUGUCACCGGACUGUCCCUCCAUGCUACUGGGGACUACCUGCUCAGCUCUUCUGAGGAUCAGUACUGGGCCUUCUCUGACAUCCAAACUGGCCAGGUCCUCACAAAGGUCACCGAUGAAAGUGCCGGCUGUGCACUCACCUGUGCUCAGUUCCACCCUGAUGGUCUCAUCUUUGGUACUGGAACUGCUGACUCCCAGAUCAAGAUCUGGGACCUGAAGGAGCGAACCAACGUGGCCAACUUCCCUGGUCACUCGGGCCCCGUCACCUCCAUCGCUUUCUCUGAGAACGGAUACUAUCUGGCUACGGGUGCACAGGACAGUUCUCUGAAACUCUGGGAUCUGAGAAAACUGAAGAACUUCAAGACAAUCACACUGGACAACAACUAUGAGGUGAAGUCCCUCGUCUUUGAUCAGAGUGGUACCUACCUAGCUGUGGGAGGGUCCGACAUCCGCGUCUACAUCUGCAAACAGUGGUCCGAGGUCCUCAAUUUUACAGAUCACACAGGUUUGGUGAGCGGAGUGGCCUUCGGAGAGAAUGCUCGUUUCCUGAGCUCUGCAGGAAUGGACCGAAGUCUGAAGUUUUACAGUUUGUAGAAAAGCAAAAAUUGAUAAUGACAUGAGGAGACAACUGAGGUAGACCAGAGACUGUGGAUACCUACUUGGCAUAGACCUAUAAUUUCUAGUUUGAAAGAAGAUCACAAACUCUGCUUAUUUCAUUUAUUAGUCCUCGUGCAUGAAACAAAAGUUGAUAAAGUAUCUAUUUGAAAGCUCAGAAUCAUAAUUCCAAUACCUUUUAUGCAGUGUCAGUUAAAAUGAUAAAUCAGCCACUGCAUCAUGUUUUUUUGUUGUUUUUUUAUAGCAUCUCUGAUUUUAAACUGUUUUAUUUUCUGUGUGUUUGUGCGUAGCAGUUGGGAGGCUAGGGCCAUAGGUCAUAAGUAAAAUUCUUUGUCUUUUAAUGUGGAUAGUUAAAAUAGUUUGAAAGUCCCUCUGUAGUAAAACAAUUGCAGAGAAGGAAGAUGUUGUAUUAAAUUCCCUCAUUUCAGUUCCUACUUUGCAUUGGGAAUUUUGUUCACGUUUUCAAUGACUGUCUAAUCAAAUGUGUAUAUCUCACAAUGUGCUCUUUUACAGUAAAAUAUCUUUUGUAUGCCAUUGGAAAAUACCAAAUUAUUUACAAUACUGAAAAAAUAUUGUACGUCAGUGCAUUCUUAUUUUUUAAAUUUAAAAUAUGGUUACUAUCACAAAACAAUAAAAAUCUGCUCACAUCCUG